AUGAGAAAACGUGAUACAAAACAUAUUGAUUCUAAUCAAUUUUCUCAAUCCACAUUACAAAAUGCUGAUCAAAAGAAUAUCGUCAAUAUAAAAAGAAAAGAUUCUGAAGAUUCUGAAGAAAUAUCUGAAGAGAUUUCUGAUGAUUUGAGUUCACAUCCACAUUAUAAAUUUUCUUAUAAAGUUUUUGAUCCGGAUACUGGUGACGAUAAGGAGCAUAAGGAAGAACGUGAUGGAGAAUUAGUUCAAGGAGAGUAUUCUUUAGUAGAACCAGAUGGAAGUCGUAGAACUGUCACUUAUAUUUCUAAUGGUACUGAUGGUUUUAAUGCUAUAAUUAAAAAAACAGCUGCACCACUAUCAGAAAAUCUUGAAGAAUUUGCAUCUACUGAAACUGAUUCAAUUAAUGAACAAAAUUCACCACUUGAAAUUAAUUUUGAAUCGAAAAAUAGUGAAAAUUUCACAGCUACCGAUACUAGUAAUAAUGAUACAGUUUUAUGGUUUUCAAGUAAAACUGAAUAUUUAUCACCCGAUAUAAUGAAGGAAAAUGAUAAGGAAUCAAAUCAAUUAGUUGCUGCGGAAUCCAAAAAUUAUAAACGUGGUGCAACAAAUAAUCCAAAAACACAUUCACCAACACAUUUUAUUACAUAUUCUUUAGUGGUUCCACAAAUAUUAUAUAGUCCAUCAGAAAAUUUAUCAGAAAACAUGCAACAUAACUUAUCAGCCAGCCAUGGAACUGAAACUAAAACUAAAGAUAAAAAGACCAGAAGUAUACAAAAAUCACAUGGUAAUAAAAAAAGAAGACAUCAUUAA